GCACCAGAAGUGGUCUCCUUGUCACCUGGACACGUGGCAUGACGAGAGGAAUUUGGAGUAAUCGAGGAAUCGAGCUCCUAGACUCUGAACUGGUCGUCUGUCAAGCUGAAUUGGGUUUGCGUUGGACCCUUGGACCUCUGGCAUCGCUGGCUUUCUUCCUUGUGGCCCAAUUUGCCAUUUGA